CCUGCCGUUCACACAACCCCGCAGCCACCAUGUCCACUGACCACCUGUAACACAUUCGCUUUGCACAUCUGGUGCUUUUUUUCUUUUUUAUCCACGGCUUCCAACGUUUUUUAUAGUGAGCCAAUUUUUGUCUAGUGUGAGAAAGAACCCCUUAUGUGAGUGUGGGUGGGAAAGGAUAACGAGAGUGGUCAUGUGAGGUCAAAGGUGACGACGACAUAGAGCGCGCGGACACAUGUUGACCUGGAAGUGGCACGACGUCGGCUGGUGAGGCCGUGACGCCGAGGGGAGCUGCGGCGCCUGCGGGAGGAGCAGCGUGCGGGCGAGGGAGGGUGAGGGACGACCGAGUGCGGGCUGGAAAGGCUGCGGCGUCAGGGCGAGGUGUUCCUCACGUCCGACGGUCUCGGUGAGGGUGAGUGACAGCGCGGAGUGGGAGAUCGAGCGAGCUAGCGAGCGAGGGGCGCGGAGCGAGGGCUGACAGGACGCCCGCCAACAUGAGCUUCCUCAACUCGCUGCAGCAGGUGGUUGCCGGCGUCACCAGCAGCGUCACCAGCCUCUCGCUCUCCCCCAAGAGGUUUCCCUUCGGCCGCGAGAACAGCUCCGGCAGCGGCGGCGGCGGCGAUGUGAGCACGCCUCCCCCGGGGCCCCCCCACCACCAUUACCAGACGCGGCCGGGGGGGUCACCGAACCCCCGCCUGGGGCCCAAGCUGGUGCCCACCCCCGGGGCCGCAGGGGGCGCGGCGCCACGGCCCCAGGGGAGGGGCAAGAGCUUCAUGAACAACAUGAUGCAGCCUCCGCCCAUGCAGCAGCAGCAGCAGCCCGUCCGAAAGGAGAGGGAGCGGCGCCCCCUCCCUGUGCUGCAGUGUGGGGACCGCUACACGUACUGGCCGGAGUACGACCCCAGCCAGAACUGGGUGAGCGAGCAAGACAACGGAUGGCUGGAGCAGUUCACGACCCUGGGGUGGCGCCACAGCGAGGCCCUGCGUACCCUGAAGGCGUCGGGGCGCCAGGGCUCGAGGGACAUUGCCCCAGAGACCCUUGCCUCCAUCAGAAGAAACGAGUUCCGGCCUUCCAAGGCGGAGAUGGAGGCGCUGUACGUGGAGGUGCUGUACACGGUGUUCCACAAGGUGGGCGCGCAGCAGUGCGACAAGCGGGAGCACACCGAGGACCUGCCCAGGUACGCGCAGGCCGCCUUCCACAUCGAUCCCCAGGACCACGCCAGGCUGCAGGCCGUGGCGCAGGAGGAGAAGCCCCCAAUCUUAGUACUAAAUCUGGUGGUGGUGGAAGCAGAGAACCUUGAGGCGAAAGACCCUAAUGGUUUCAGCGACCCUUACUGCAUGUUGGGGAUACAGCCGGCCAUGCAGCAGGGUCUCCCCGGUUCGCCCCGAGACGUGUACGGGAUCGCCCAGGGGUCACCGCCCCCCGACUCCCCCAGGGUGCGGCAGCAGGUCAGCCUGUCCUCCCGGAGCUCGUGCGAGACCGAGGGCGAGAACGACCUCGAGCGGAGCGGCAGCUGCGAGAGUCCGAAGCCGUUCAGCAAGGAGAGCCUCAGAAAGCAUCACAGCAUGGCAAGAUUGAAUUUGGAUUGUCUUAAGACGCCCGACGCACGGCUGGAUAGUCCCCGGGAAAAGUUAAAGAAGCGGCCAAGCUUCCGGUUAAGCUUCAAGAGGAAGCCCGCGGAGCCGAAGAAGGAGCGCGUGGAGCACCGGGACUCGCUCAGCAACGCCAUCCCCGCCAAGAUCAUCCGCGCCACGUCCGUCAAGCCGCACACACUCAACCCGCGGUGGAGCGAGAAGUUCAGACUAGACAUCGACGACAUCAACUACGACAUCCUUCACUUGGAUAUCUGGGACCACGACGACGAGUCCAGCGUGUUCGACGUGGUGAGCAAGCUGAACGAGGUCAAGGGCGUCAAGGGACUCGGGCGGUUCUUCAAGCAGAUCGCGCAGUCGGCUCGCGCGGGCGGCGGCCAGGACGACUUCCUCGGCUGCGUCAACGUGCCUUUGCAGGAUAUCCCAAGCACCGGCCUGGAUAAGUGGUACCCCCUGGAAGGCCGCUCCCUGCGCUCCAACAUCCAGGGCCAAAUCCACCUCAAGAUGUGGCUCUCCACGCGGGAGGACAGAGGCACAUCGGAGGAGGAGGCCUGGGUCGAGGUUCGGCAACACGACCAGAUUAUUACCAUCUUUCUGUUGCAUGAACUCGCUAAAUAUAAGGACGACACCAUGUCCUGGGACGGCGAGCUGAGCGCCGCCGCCGAGGCCAUACUGCACCAGCACGCCAUCCAGGGCGACCUCACGCCCCUCCAGCAGGCCAUCUGCCGCUGGACCGCCGCCGCCCGCACCCACACCCACAAGCCCCUGGACCACCGCGUCCUGCACCGCCUUCUGAUGGGCGUGCACGACCUGUGGGACACCGAGACGCUCAGCAAAGAGGAGGAGGAAAUGCUGGCGGAGUCCUACACCAACUUCCUCGAGCACAGCCUGACGGAGGUCAGACGCCACAGAGACGUCUUCCCGACGCCUUCCAAGACGCACGCCAUCCGCCUCGAUGCGCUUCUGAGGUGCCUGGCCUUGCUCGCCGAGAGUCGCUCGUACUGGAAGGUGUGUCCGUUCCACAAGGAGGUGCGAGGCGAGGUCGUGGCGGCCGUCAAGAAGGGAGCCAUCGAAUGGUACGCCCAAGCGACGCUGAGGUACGACAGACACAGGGAGGCCAGCAUCUCGACGGGCGGCGACGUGGCCCUCGAGUCCUUGGCCAACUUGGCGCUGCACUUGACCCUUGACCUCCAGGCAGGUCACGACUACUACGACCAUGCCUUCGCCUCAACGGCUCUAAAAAUUCCCUACGUUGCCUUGAACUACAAAAUCUUCGAAAAAGUGCUAUCCGAGGACACGCUGAAGGUCCUUACCAUCAUACAGAUGGACGAGGACAUCGAGUCUGAGGUGUGGCAGCUGUGCUCGGUGCUCCGGGACCUCGAACUCAACAAGGAGGCCCCGCAUUACUUCCCCCACUGCUCCACGGCGGCCUUCGUCCUCUACCUGGCCCUGGCGGAGUUCUCCAGCUCUGCUUCCAGGGCCCUUCUGUCAACAUAUCGUAAUAAAGUCCACUUCUGUCGUUGA